UUUAACGCGGCGCAGUCGCUCCGGAUGCUGCUGGGCUCCUGCAGAAGAAGACGGCGACGGGGAGACAAGAGGAGGAAAAUGACAGGGCGCGCAAAAAGAAAACCAAAAUCCAUUCAGGAGUCGGACACUGGCAAUGGGAAGUUGAAGAAAGCCAGAAAUGAUGAAUCAAAUGCCUUCCCGUUGUCCGGAGUGGAUUCAGAGCAGCGAGAUGAGUUGGCGAAGCUGUACGGUUUUCAAAUGCCAGAAGAUCUGUUUCACUUCUGGGACUUCUGCAUGGAGCUUUGUCCAGACAACCCCCGUGAUGCACUAAAAGACACACUGGGUUUGCGGCUGGUUGGUCCUUUUGACAUUCUGGCAGGAGCACAUAGAGACUCCAAGAACAAACAGCCUAACUUCCACCUGCACUGGAGGUAUUUUUAUGACCCACCAGAGUUUCAGACGGUACUUCGGGGGAGUGAGGACAGCCAGCAUCACCUGGGAUACUACAGAGAUACUCCAGACUCCCUCCCUUCAUUCGUUGGGGAAAAUGAAGCCAAGAAGGGCUGCGCUAUAACACAGAUGGGGGACAAUGUGUUUGCUGCUGUCCACUUGUAUCUGAUGAGAAAGAGGAAGGAGAGGGGCAGUAAAAAAGUCGGGGAGCAGGCUUUGGAAAGCCUGGAGGCAAAACUGAGAGACAAAGCAGAGACUCUGGGCUUAUCUCUAGAGCAGAAGACCAAAGACAUGAAGUUGAGGGACAAGAAGGUGGUCACCAAGACGUUCCAUGGUGCUGGCAUCGUUGUGCCUGUAGACAAGAACGAUGUCGGCUACAGAGAACUACCAGAAACAGAUGCCGGACUCAAAAAGAUCUGCAAAGCCAUUGCUGAAGCACGUAGUGACGACGAACGCGUCAAAGCCUUCGGACCAAUCCAGGAGAUGAUCACCUUUGUUCAGUUUGCUAAUGAUGAGUGUGACUAUGGCAUGGGUUAUGAACUAGGAAUAGACCUCUUCUGUUACGGAUCCCACUACUUUCACAAGGUUGUGAAGCAACUCCUGCCCAUGGCCUACAGCUUGCUGAAAAGGAACUUGUUUGGGGAAAUCUUGGAAGCCCACCUUUCCAGCCGCAGCCAUGACAACAUAGACCAACUCUCUGCACAUUAAAAGAAAAGAAGAAGAAAAAGACUCGGUUCAGUUCUCUUAUAAGCUUUCCCACCACAUGUCAUUGUCUCCUGUUUGUCAUUGUUGAUGUUUGUUGGUGGUUUUGGUGCUGCUGUCACUGAUUGAAACCCGUUCAGUGGUAUCUUGUUUGUAAAAGGUAGAUGUCAAAUAAAACAUUUUUAUAUUUUUA